GGCAAACCUCUUUUUUACUGCUACUCUUUGUUUGAUCUCUUAUUAUAAGCACAACUCCGGUCAUCAUGGACUACUACAGCACUGUAUACGGUUUUGGUAUCCCUCCACUUCUAUUAGGAGCUAUAGCAGCUGUAGGUGCCGUUAUUCAAGCAGCACGCAAGAGGCAGUUCUACUGGCGAUACGUGUUUAUGUUCCUGGCUGGCAUCUUUCAGUGCAUUCGAAACAUUACGUUUAUGGUGGCCGCACUGGGCAAUAGCGAAAAUUCCAAUAGCGCUUAUAUCAGUGGCACUCUAUCUCGAGUGUUUAUGUUCCAAAUGUUCAUUCCGUUCAUGUUCAGCGCUUUUUUCGAGGUGUGCCGUACAGUCAUAAACUCAUCAAUUUCAGCCACAGCAGCAACAGGACCAGCGACAGUACCCAGCGGAACCACUGCCUACAAUCUAGACAGCAAUCCUCGUACAAAGUUAUACAGCAACGCGCGCAAGCUCUCCCCUACCUAUUUGGCACACCUGUGGACUCUUAUACUCAUCAUCGUCAACGUUGCUUAUUGCGCGACUUUGUCCAGUAGCUAUAAAUCCUAUGACUUUACCGUAGUUCCCAAUGUGAUCAUUGGCAUGCUACAAUUUAGCACGUACGGUGUUUGGGCAUAUGUGGCGUACGCAAUUGCCCACCUCGCCAUGGGAUGGAAAGAGUUGAAAUGCUGCAGUAUUUCGCUGUUGAGCUUUUUUUGCACAAUUGUGUUAGCGACCAUCGGAAACACUGUAGCUACAGUUAUUAGUUCGCAAAGCAUCUACACAAGCAUGACCGUUAAUAUCAUUUCCUUAAUCAUGGUGGAUGUUAUUGGGCUUCUGGGACUGCUGUACGCCGUACUUGCUUCUACUCGGUAUUGGCCACCUCAACCAAAGACUGUAGCCGCCAACCAGCCAUACUACGCCUACACACAGUCUCCAUUCGGUACAUCUCCCCAGCAACAGCAGCAGUACGUGUCACAACCACCACAAAUGUUCAUGAACACCGCAGCAGGUUCUGCCAGCCAGUUAUAUCAGCAACAGCAGCAGCAACAUCAGCAGUAUCCCAUUGUUCAAAUCCCACAGCAGCAGCUCCAGUCGGGACAAUUUCCUAUCGUGCAAAUUCCUAUCAGUCAACAGCAACAGCCUGGUCAGCAAUAUCCUAUCGUUCAAGUCCAGCCAAUUAUGCAGCAGCAAUAUCCACAAGCAGGACAAUUUAUCGGGCAACAGCAGUAUCACUAGUUUCUCCUCAUUUAUCAGCAACAAAAUAUCUUGCAGGAAGGGAAGAUCGGCUCAGUAUCAUCGGUUUAAUUUGAGAUUGGGGAAAUAUUUUUGGCUACGUAGUAGAAAGAGCAUUGAAGGUGACUCUCUAUACUUGCCCCACAGGCAGAAAUCUAUAUUUUGUACACUACUAUCAUAUCAUUAAUAUUAUAUAGCCUUAGUACAUAAUUACUACGUUCAAUGUAAUAAAUAUAAUGUCUGUAUCAGCACAAUACAAAACAACAUGCUGCGGUUGCG